AUGAAUAAAUUUUUUGCACUCACACCAGAAGAACAAGAAAAGGUUUUGUUCAAGAAAAAAGAAAGACAAGAGUCAUCAAGAAAAAAUAAAGAAUCUCGUGCAAAAACCGAGAAAACUAUCAGCCAAGACAAUUUCACUGAUUGGCGAAGCAACUUUGAGAAAGAUGACAAAGCACAAUUAGCUAGUACUUUGCUCAGCCAACAACAUAUACCGUCAGCUCUUCUAAAUAGAAAAGCUAUCAGAGCAGAUAAACGAGUGUUUUCGCAUGCUUUGACGGAACCACCGACCACAUUUAUCAAUCAACACUCUUCAGGAAGAUGCUGGCUCUUUGCUAUCGCCAACAUGGUUUGUAGGGGUAUAAUCAAGAAGUUUAAUCUAGGUGAUUUUAAGUUAAGUCAAAACUAUCUUUUAUUUUCAAUGUUAUUAGAAAAAUCGAAUCUCUAUCUUGAGAAUAUGAUCGAUCUUGUUGAAGAUCCAAUCGACGCUCGCAUCAUCUCUCAUCUCUCUCGCUCUCCUCUGGGUGAUGGAGGACAAUGGGACACGGUCGUGGGAUUGAUCGAAAAGUAUGGCCUAGUACCCAAAUCGGUAUAUGAUGAAUCUUACAAUUCUUCCAACUCGGAGGAAAUCAAGACUUUCCUCAAUUCUAAACUUCGUAAUCAAGCUGUUGAACUGCGUCAAAUUUACAAUAGUGCCAAGGCUCGUGCAAUAAAUAAUCUUGGUCAAGACUCCAAAUCGGCUACACUUCCUGGAGCGAGAGCUGCACGCAAAGCUAAGAAAGCCAUGAUGGCCCAAGUAUAUCGCUGCCUCGCUAUUGCUUUAGGAUCUCCUCCGCCUCCAAGUGAGGCUUUCCGAUGGGAUUACCUUGACAAUUCAGAUAAGCCUCGUAGCCUCGUAUCUACUCCUUUGGAUUUCUACAAUCAGCAUUGUGCUGAAUUUCAGCCAUCUGAAUACAUCAGCUUGAUCAAUGACCCUAGAAAUCCGUUCAACAAGUCAUACACUGUUGAUCGAAUUGGAAACGUUUGGGGUGGUCGUCCAAUAAGAUACAUCAAUACUAGCACUGAUGUAUUGAAGAGCUUAGUGAUUAAGAUGAUCCAAGCUGAUAUAGCAGUUUGGUGUGGUUGUGAUGUGGGAAAGAUGUCAAAUCUGUCUCAUGGGAUCAUGGACACUGAGCUCAUCAAUUACGAGGCUGCUUUUGGGGUGAUGUCUCAUUUAUCGAAAUCUGAGAGACUUCAGAUGGUUGAUAGUGCCAUGACUCACGCGAUGGUCAUCACUGCCGUCCAUCUUGAUGAACAAGGUAAACCUGUACGAUACAAGUUCGAGAACACUUGGAGUGACACUGCCUGUGAUUGUGCUUAUUUUGUCAUUACUGAUGCUUGGUUUGAUGAAUAUGUUUAUCAAAUCGUGUUACAUAAAUCUUUUAUUCCUGAUUCACUUCGACAAAUUUAUGAUGAUCCAGAACCAAGCGUCUUACCACCAUGGGAUCCUAUGGGAAGUUUAGCUUGA